UCCAUCAUGCUUAGCUCGCUGGGCCCAGGAGUCUAUGUCAAGGCGGCACGACAACCCUACGAUGUCCAUAAGAUCAUCGAUGCUUUUCGUACACAUCACGAUGACCUGCGCAUACUCUGCGCCCACCGAGGCCUGCGAUGGAAUGGCACUGCCGAGAAUUCCAGAGACUCCUACUUCAGGGCUAGCGAGGCCGGCAUCGAAUGCAUAGAGACGGACAUUCGUCUAACCCCAGAUGGCGGGCUACCUAUGCUGCACGAUUUCCACGCUGGCCGGGUCACAGAUAUCGGCGAAGUUACUGGCCAGCCGGCAUACAACCCAUUUACCGGGCAAGGCUACAAUCCACCAGUGGGGUCCUUCAACUUCUCCGGACCAGGUGGACUUGAGAACCUCCGUCUCCGUGACGAACAGGGCGGUGUCCGGAACGAGUACGUACCAAGCUUGCAGCAGAUGAUCAACUCCAUCUUCGACUCAGGCAUGAACGUGGUCCUGCAGUUGGACUUCAAGGACAAGGCUGCGAUCGAGCCGACUUAUUGGGCACUGAAACACUUGACAAACAGAGCCGGUGUGCCUGCCAACGAAUGGUGCAUCUACAAGCUGCAGGCUGUAUUCUAUCCGACUCCUGAAGAGUUUGAAGCCCUGCCUUGGGUCCAGGACGCCUUCAGAAGCGGCAUCCGAUUAGCGCAUAUUCCGGUCUACGAGGCGAAAUACUACACGAUGUUUGAUACGUUAGAUUCGGCGAAGCGGUACAGCCAGACAAACUAUACCAUUAGCAUCGAGGUCGAGCUCAAGAAUACAGGCGGGCCAUUACAGGAAGUGCUGGACUAUGCUCAGAGCAGCGAAAGUCCAAUUGGUACUACUGGCGUAUUCUACGCACCCGGCGACUUCACCUGGCCGAACUUAGAUCCCGUGUCAUUCUUCGACACUGCCAAUUACUCCCUCCCAGAAGACCUGCACCCGGGCAAUACUGUCUACACAUAUAAGGAGAACAAGGCGCCUAUGACACUCGAUGCGCAGGCGGGCGCCGGUUCGUCAGACGGUCACGAUUAUCGAAGCGACUUCAAUUGGCUUAUCGAGACCGGCUUUGACUGGAUCAUUUGUGACACGCCUGAUCUAUGGCACGCUCGACUCGAGCAGGAAGGUAAGAGGAAUAUCAGACACAUGAUCGCAGAUGGCCAAGUGCCAAAAAUGGGUCGGAAGAUGGGCUGGUAUAAACGCUGGGCAGCCGAUCUGUUUCCCGCGAUGGCGUGAAAGGUCGACGUGUGCCAAAUUGUAGAGAACCGUAUUAUCCGAGUAUCACCAG